AGCCCGUGGUUUGGCCGCUGUGUUUCCGUGUGUCCGCGUGAAGACUAGGCACUAGUUACACAUUGCGCCAUAUCAACAUGGCGGACACGAGCGAAUGCCAGAGCGACAAAACAGUAAAAGAAGAACCAUUUCAAUCCGUUAAAACCCGGAAAAGACGAAAAAAUGAUAAAGAGGAAGAAAUGGACACAGUUGAAAGUAGAGCUAGACCGAGUUUUCCGCCGGUGAAGGCGCAGAAGUUAGCGGGUGGGAAAUCAGAAACUAGAAAAAUCCCAGUGCCAUCUCAUCGUUACACACCCCUUAAAGAGAACUGGAUGAAAAUAUUCACACCUGUGGUUGAGCACUUAAAGCUGCAGAUUCGGUUCAACCUCGGCAGUAGACAUGUUGAAAUCAGGGCAUCAAAGGAAACGUCAGAUAUUGGGGCUGUUCAGAAGGCGGCUGAUUUUGUUCAGGCAUUCAUUCUUGGCUUUGAAGUUGAGGAUGCCCUCGCCCUUAUUCGACUGGACGAUCUGUUCUUGGAAUCAUUUGAAAUUGCUGAUGUAAAACCUUUAAAAGGGGAUCAUUUAUCCAGAGCAAUUGGCCGAGUUGCAGGCAAAGGAGGGAAAACAAAGUUCACAAUAGAAAAUGUUACAAAAACGAGAAUUGUCCUUGCUGAAACAAAAAUUCACAUAUUAGGGUCCUUCCAAAAUAUCAAGAUUGCAAGAACUGCUAUUUGUAAUUUAAUUUUAGGGAGCCCACCUUCCAAGGUCUAUGGAAAUAUGAGAGCAGUGGCUAGCAGAUCAGCUGAGAGAUUUUAAUUGCUUCCCGCUAUGAAGACCUUGAAAGGAGAUUUAUUUUAUGGAAGAACACAGAAAAAUAACAACUGUGCUGGAGCAGACCAAGAAUUUUUCAAAGGGGGGGGGGGGGCACAUCUCCAAAGGAAAUAUGAACAUAAGUUGGGCCUAACUUUCUAGAUUUAGCUCCAAUGCGUUCCCAAAUGGGUUCCCUAAAGAUCUGUCACUGCUUUUGCAAAGGAUUAGUGGACCUUCAAGCCUAAUUACUAGACCUAUUUAGAAGUAUUUAGCUAAUGAUCCCCAACUAUUAUGUAUCGGUAAUAUGAUAUGCAUGUGUGGCAGGACAAGGGCCUAAAUAUCGACAAGCAUAUAGUAGACCUUAGUGGUCAGUACUGGGGCCCAUCACAUAUGCUCAUUUUAAAUUGGGCUCUUCUCAGGACUGUACAUUCUAAUACAAUACUUUUUUGACAGCAAGUGUAAAUAAUGCUAAAAGCAAAACUGAUUUUAUCGUAUAAUAAUGUUCCUAUUUAAUUUGAAUUAAAUGUAGUAAGACAGGUGCGUACAUGGGGGUGCACAGGGUGCGUGCACGCCCCCCCCCCCGGCUGCCAAAAAGUGGGUAAUUUUGUAUAAAGGAAUCUUCAAAUACUAGGCUUUUUCAAUAAGAUACCCGACUGCGCCCUCAGCCAAUCCUGUGUACGCGUCUGAUGCACUGAAUAGUUUUGUUAUCUAUAUAGUGGAUUCUCUGAGUUAUCCAAGUGCAAGCUCAUAAACGUAUAGUAGAAAA